CGACGUCAGUGGCUCCCCACAAUUCAAUAGACAGUCAAGGCGCCGCCCCACCUCCCCAGCCCAGCCAUGACCCUCAACUUGCAAGGAGCUUUUACCGCACUCGUGACGCCCUUCACAGAGGACGGCAGCGCUGUCGACUACGCCAAGCUGCGUGAGCUUGUGGAGUGGCAGAUCCAGGAGGGUAUCAACGGUCUCGUGCCGAUGGGCACGACGGGCGAGUGCCCCACGGUCUCCCACGAGGAGCACGACCGCGUUGUCUCGGAGGUGGUGGCUACGGUCAAUGGCCGCGUGCCUGUGAUUGCCGGUACGGGCUCCAACAACACUGCGGAGGCUCUGCGUCUCACUCGCGCGGCCAAGGACGCCGGUGCCGACGCCUGCCUGGUGGUUUGCCCGUACUACAACAAGCCCACGCAGAAGGGUCUGUACGCCCACUUCAAGGCCGUGGCCGAGGUGGGUCUGCCUGUGGUGGUGUACAACAUCCCCGGCCGGACCAACGUCAACCUGACGCCACAGACAAUUGCUGAGCUAGCCAAGCUUCCCAACAUCGUGGCCAUCAAGGAGUCGACCGGCUCGCUGGACCAGGCCAUGGAGAUCGCUGCGCUCUGCGACAUCACUAUCCUGUCGGGCGACGACAACCUGACCCUGCCGCUUAUGGCCAUGGGCGCCAAGGGCGUCAUCAGUGUACUCUCCAACGCCUCUCCCAAGAAGGUGCUGGCUGUCACUGACCCCAUGCGCAAGGGUGACUACGCUGCCGCCCGCAAGGCUGCUCUGGAGAACAUCUUCCUGGUCAAGUCACUGUUCAGCGAGGCCAACCCGCAGCCCAUCAAGAAGGUGCUGCAGCUCAUGGGCAAGUGCACAGCUACUGUGCGUGCCCCGUUGGUGGAGUGCGAGCCUUCAACUGUCGAGAACCUCACUAAACUGGCCAAGGAGCACAAGUUUAUCUAA